AUGGGGAUGAUCUUUGUACCUCAUCUUCCUUCACAAUGCAGAAGCUUCUCUCCAUCUGUAUUCAACCACGUCUCCGGAGAAUCCUCACCCUCUCGUCUCUCCUUCAAAACUUCCGGCGACGAGAACUGGGUUUCUCGUUUCCGGUCGAAAUCUCUCAGUUUUGCGUUUUCUGGAGCUCUCGCUCUCGGAUUAUCUCUGUCCGGAGGCGUGGGAAUUGCAGAGGCAAAAGUGGGAGUAAACAAACCAGAAUUGCUUCCUAAGGAGUUCACUUCUGUCAUAGAUGUUGCUGGUUUUCUCUCUAAUGGCCAGGAGAAAAGGAUUGCUCAAGAAAUAUCCGAUCUUGAGAAAGAUACAGGAUUCAAGUUGAGAGUGUUAGCUCAAAACUAUCCUGAUACGCCCGGACUAGCCAUCAAGGAUUUCUGGAAUGUGGAUGAUAACACAAUUGUGUUUGUCGCUGAUCCCACUUUUGGGAACAUAUUGAACUUCAAUGUUGGGGCCACCGUUGAUUUAGACAUACCUCGUAGUUUCUGGAGUCGUUUGGCUGGGAAAUACGGCAACAUGUUUUACUGGAAAAACAAGGGAGAAGAUGCAUCCAUUGAAGCUGCAGUGAUGGCAAUAUCGAAUUGCUUACGAGAACCUGUUGGCAUUAAGCAGGAACAGAACUGUGAGAGUGAAUCUCUGCUUCAGUAUAUGGUCUCAGAAUCUGCUGGUACGUUUCGUCAGCACAAUGGAUUUGGAAUCCCAGCCGAAGCCGGAGUCGAAACUCAUGUCACUAACUUCUCAAACAAUCUCUGUCUUCAACUCUAUGGAUUUCGAUUCCCAGCCGAAGCCGGUGUUGGAGCUAAUGUCAUUCAUUUCGACAAAAAUGACUCUCCUCAACAACUCUAUAGAUUCGGAUUCGGAGCAGACGCCCGAGCCGGAAACGGAUUUCACGCAACUCCUUACUCAAACAUUGGAGCUCGAUCCCGAGCCGGAGCUUAUAUCACUCAUCCAUCAAAUAUUUUCCCUCGUCGUUUCUAUGUCUUCAGAGUGGGAGAAGCUUAUUCAGUUAUUUGCUUAUGUCCUCAGGCACAAGUAAGAUUGGAAGAAGGAAACGUUUGUGUGGAUGAACAAGUCCCGUUGCUGAGCACUAACAAGUGGUGGUGUAUCCCUUACCACGGGAAGGAAUUCAGGUUUUCAGGAGAAGUCGAUACCCAUUUUCGCUGCGAAAACUGCAAUGGCAAGAACCAUAAAGAACAUAAGCAGGCUCCCGUUGAGAUCAGACACACUCUUCAUCCAAAACAUUCUCUUCAGCUUGUUUUGUUGCAGCAGUCUAACGGAACGAGGAAAUGCUACUGUUGCGAUGAAGAUCUCGUAGAGAUAAUUUAUUACUGCUCGGCUUGUGAUUUUGCAAUUAAUUUUGCUUGUGCAGAGACACCACCCGUCUUAUAUAUACACCAUCCCAAGUGGCACGAGCAUUUACUCAUUCUGUUUCCAAGAAAGACUUCCUUAACUUGCAACCUAUGCGGAUUGGCCGAUUCCACAUGCUUCCCUUUCUAUAUGUGUUCCCCAUGUGACUUUGUGGCCCAUAAAAGUUGUCUCAGCUUGCCAAGCCUGAUAAGGAUCUCUCGACAUCGCCAUCGUAUCUCUUUUACCCCUUCUUUUGACCGAGGAGAUUGGUUUUGCGGUGUUUGUCGGAGAAAGAUGGACAAGGAAUAUGGGGGUUAUUCUUGCAUGAAAGACGGUUGUUCGUAUGCCGCUCAUUCAAGAUGCGCCACACAGAGCAAUGUGUGGGAUGGUCAUGAACUGGAGGGAGAGCCAGAAGAAGUUGAAGAAGAAUAUGCUGAACCAUUUGUGAAGAUAAGCGAUGGAGUCAUACAGCAUUUCAGUCAUCAACCUCAUCAUCUCAGACUUGAAGACAACGCAUGCAAUGAUUACGACGAGAAUAAGCAGUGUCAAGCAUGCAAUAUCCCAAUCUAUUCCGGUAACUUCUACUCUUGUAUUCAAUGUGAUUUCAUUCUUCAUGAAGCAUGUGCGAAUUGUCCUCGCAAAAUACACCACCCAAUACAUCCACAUCUCCUCACUCUAAUGGGAGGAUAUGACGGUGUCAUGGACUAUCGUAAGGAUAGAUGUUCAGCAUGUCCUUGGUUGUGCAGAGCUGGUUUCUCUUACCAGUGCGGUACAGAAGGAUGUGGUUUUAUGCUACAUGUACAGUGCGGCACAAUCUCUGAGCCAUUAAUCCAUGAAAGCCAUACGCAUCCUUUAUUCCUAACAUCCAAACCAGGAGAGCAAAGAAAGUGUUCGGUUUGCAAAUGUUCAUAUAUUCAUUGCAAGGAAACGUUCAACUGCAUUGAAUGCGACUUUGCUUUAUGUUUCGAAUGUGCUACUUUGCCUCAAAAGCUCAAGUAUAAGCAUGAUAAGCAUAUGCUAGUUCUUUCUUAUGGAGAGGAGACAAGUACCACGAUAUAUUGGUGUGAGCUAUGCGAAAGAAAAAUCAAUCCCAAGGAGCGGUUUUAUAUGUGUGAUGAAUACUGCUGCGUCACACUACACAUUGAAUGUAUGCUUGGGGUGGACCUAUACAUGAAGCCCGGUUCAUCAUGGUUCUACUUCGGUAGAAAUCCUUCUAACAAGUUCACCAGACAUCCACAACAACACUCAAAGAACCCUCUCUCUCGUCUCUGUUAA